AUGGGGCAACUUAGCAGUGCCCAGAACACCACACCAGCGGGAGAAGUACCUUGUGACACUGAGGCUAAUCCUAAGGCUCCUAUUAAUGCUGUGUCAUUGAGGAAUAGGAGAAAAUUAGAAGAAGUUCCAUCAAAGAAGAGAAAGAAAAUAGAGAAUCCACUCGAAGAGGUUGUGGCAAAGCAACCACAAUCAAUAAUUGCAAAGCUACCACAUCCGUUCCCUCAAAGACUGCAGAAAUUGAAGGAUAAUGCAUCGUAUAAGAAGUUCCUUGAUAUUUCGAAACAGAUGCAGAUUAACAUCCCAUUGGUGGACAUUUUUCAAGAAGUGCCAAAGUAUGCAAAGGACAUCAAGGAAAUUGUAGCAAACAAGCGCAAGCUAACUGAGUUUGAGACUGUAGCACUCACUAAGGAGUGUAUUUCCAUAAUUCAUAAUAUGUUGCCUCCUAAAUUGAAGGAUCCAGGGUUCGGAGAUCCUCGACUGACUUCGGUGGGAUUACAAUUGGCAGAUAGAUCCUUAGCCAUACCCGAUGUAGUCAUUGAAGAUAUGCUGGUCCAAGUGGGCAUAUUCAUAUUCCCAGCUAAUUUUGUCAUCUUGGAUUACGUGCCUAAUUAG